AGCAGAGCGCGAGGCGGCCGGCCCCUGAGGGGAGGCGGCGGGAUGGCGGCGGACAGCCGGGAGGAGAAAGAUGGUGAACUGAAUGUUCUGGAUGACAUUUUGACUGAUGCUCCAGACCAAGAUGAUGAGCUGUAUAAUCCUGAUAGUGAGCAAGAUAAAAAUGAGAAAAAGGGGUCAAAAAGAAAAAGUGACAGGAUGGAAAGUGCUGAAAGCAAAAGACAGAAGCCUUCUAUGCAUUCAUCAAGGCAAAUGAUUCCAAAGCCACCUAGCUCAUCAGUUAGCAAUAAUAAAAGAAUGGUGAGUACAAAAGGAAAGCCACUGUCGGAGUACAAGAAUGAGGAAUAUCAGAGGUCUGAUAGAAACAAGCGCCCAGAUGAUCGAAAGACCCGUAUGUCAAGCAGCAGUUCAAGGGAACCAUAUAAAGGACAACUUGAAAAGACUUGCAUGAGGAAAAGAGAUGUUGACAGAAGGGCAAAGUCUUCCACACCAGAUGGUUCUGAGAGAAUUAGGCACGACGUAGAUAGAAGACUGAGCAGAUCCAGCCAUUCUUCUAAAGAAGAGGUGAACUCUGAGGAAUAUGGCUCAGAACAUGAGACUGGCAGCAGCGGUUCCUCUGAGCAAGGAAACACAGAAAAUGAGGAGGAAGGAAUGGAAGAAGAGGAAGAUGAUGAAGGGGAGGAGGAUGAAGAGGUAGAAGAAGAGGGGGAGGAGGAGGAAGAAGAAUAUGAACAAGAUGAGAGAGAUCAAAAGGAAGGAAAUGACUAUGACACACGAAGUGAAGCCAGUGAUUCUGAUUCUGAAUCCGCAUCCUUCACAGAUGGGUCAGUCAGAUCUGGUUCCGGCUCGGAUGCUUCAGAUGAGAAAAAGAAGGAAAGGAAGAGAGCUAGAGGUAUCUCUCCAAUUGUUUUUGAUAGAAGUGGAAGUUCUGCAUCAGAAUCAUAUGCAGGUUCAGAAAAGAAGCAUGAGAAAUUAUCAUCUUCCGUUCGUGCUGUCCAAAAAGACCAAACCAGUAAACUUAAAUAUAUUCUCCAAGAUGCAAGAUUUUUUCUCAUCAAGAGUAACAACCAUGAAAAUGUCUCACUUGCCAAAGCUAAGGGUGUUUGGUCAACUCUUCCAGUGAACGAGAAGAAGCUUAAUGCUGCAUUUAGAGCAGCAAGAAGUGUUAUUUUAAUAUUUUCUGUGAGAGAGAGUGGAAAAUUCCAAGGAUUUGCAAGGCUCUCAUCUGAAUCCCAUCAUGGAGGAUCCCCAAUACAUUGGGUUCUGCCUGCAGGAAUGAAUGCUAAAAUGUUGGGAGGUGUCUUUAAAAUCGACUGGAUUUGCAGGCGUGAAUUACCCUUCACUAAAUCUGCUCACCUGACCAAUCCUUGGAAUGAACAUAAACCAGUAAAGAUUGGACGUGACGGACAGGAAAUUGAGCUUGAAUGUGGAACCCAGCUUUGUCUCCUAUUCCCUCCUGAUGAAAGCAUUGACUUGUAUCAAGUCAUUCAUAAAAUGCGGCACAAGCGACGAAUGCAUUCACAGCCCCGAUCAAGAGGACGUCCAUCCCGUCGAGAACCAGUCCGGGAUGUGGGAAGGCGUCGACCAGAGGAUUAUGAUAUUCAUAACAGCAGAAAGAAACCAAGGAUUGACUAUCCCCCUGAGUUUCACCAAAGACCAGGGUAUAUAAAGGAUCCCAGGUAUCAAGAAGUAGACAGACGAUUUUCAGGAGUUCGCCGAGAUGUGUUUUUAAAUGGGUCCUACAAUGAUUACGUGAGGGAAUUCCACAGUAUGGGACCACCGCCACCAUGGCAAGGAAUGCCACCCUAUCCAGCUAUGGAACAGCCUCCACAUCACCCUUAUUAUCAGCACCAUGCUCCUCCACCUCAAGCUCACCCUCCAUACUCAGGACACCACCCCGUACCCCACGAAGCAAGAUACCGAGACAAGCGAGUACAUGACUACGAUAUGAGGGUAGACGACUUUCUGCGUCGCACACAAGCAGUGGUCAGUGGCCGGAGAAGCAGACCUCGGGAGAGAGAGCGGGAGAGGGAGCGCGAUCGUCCCAGAGACAACAGGAGAGACAGAGAACGGGGACGGGAUCGGGAAAGGGAGAGAGAGAGAAUUUGUGAGCGGGACAGAGACAGGGGGGAAAGAGGCAGAUAUAGAAGAUAAUCCAUCUGGAACCAGUGGUCAUUUGAAACAAAACAACAAAGCUUGUAUUUUUUUUGUGUGUUUACAAGUAGUACACUUUAUUUUCAGCUGUCUACUUAAAGUUUGUUGUGUAGAAGGUUUUACAAUGACCCUCUUUGUUCCAAGCAUGCAGUAAACUACGAACUGGAAAAACUCAAUCAGCCAAAAGAGAAAA